CUAUUCUCUCUCUCUCUCUCUCUCUCUCUCUCUCACACACACACACACACACACACACAAUGGCACCAGGGAAUUCUCCAUGUGCUUCAUGCAAACUACUGCGAAGAAGAUGUGCCAAAGACUGCAUUUUUGCUCCCUAUUUUUCAUCGGAUGAACCCCACAAAUUUGCAAUCGUUCACAAGAUCUUCGGUGCUAGCAAUGUUAGCAAGAUGUUGCAGGAGCUUCCUGUUUGUCAAAGAGCGGAUGCAGUAAGCAGCCUGGUGUAUGAAGCGAAUGCAAGAAUGAGAGAUCCUGUUUACGGAUGUGUAGGGGCAAUUUCGUACUUACAGAGUCAGGUUUCACAGUUGCAAAUGCAGCUGGCAAUGGCUCAGGCAGAUAUGCUAUGCAUUCAAGUGCAACAAGAGUCUGCAGUAUCCGCCGAUGGUGUCUUGCCAGGUCAUCCUGCGUACAGCAAUCUGUUAACAGAGGAUGGCGUCUCUUCAGAUGACAUGUCAUACUCGUGUAUGCAUAAUAGUAAUACCAUCAUCAACCAUCAUCAUCAUCAUCAUCAUCAACAUCAGGAACAAUACUUGAACUUUACUUGUAACAAUGUAAUUCAGUACGACACAGUACUAAAGAGAGAGUCUUCUUCUCUGUGGGCAUGAUGAUAAACAUUAUUUAAAGUGGUU